AUGAUAUCGGUGCAAGUUGUGAUUGUGAUGUUGGCCGGCGUUUUUGUGCCGUUUGUCGCCGGGGCAGCCGCUUACUGCCCAUCUCGGUGUGUUUGUGACGAUGUUAAGCUGCACGUGACGUGUGGCGAAGGCGAACUGGAUGUGCUACCGAUCGCGUUGAAUCCCGCCAUCGAGCGGCUAGUGAUCAAGUUUAACCGCAUCAAGGCGAUCGAUUCAUCGAUCCAGUUCUACAGUGAUCUUACCAUGCUCGAUCUGAGCUACAACCAUCUGCUGGGCAUCCCGAAGAGCAUCUUCAUGUACCAGAAGCGGUUGCUGCAGUUGCAUCUGAACAACAACAAGAUCUCGUCGAUCGGCAACAAAACCUUCGCUGGAAUGGAUGAGCUGCGUGUGUUGAAUCUGCGCGGGAACUUCAUCGAGGAGGUGACGAAGGGUUUGUUCAAGGCACUUCCCAAGCUGGAGGAGUUGAACUUGGGCGAGAACCAGAUCGGAUCGCUGCACCCGGACGCCUUCGCGGGGCUGACCAAUUUGCGCAUCCUGCAUCUGGACGAUAAUGCGAUCAACGUCAUCCCGACACCAUCAUUCCGGCCUUUGCGGUUGUUGGCUGAGCUGUACCUUGGACUGAAUACGCUUAACCAGAUGCAGAUCGGAUCGUUCGAGGGUCUCCAGCAUCUACGCCGGUUGGAUGUGCGGGGUUCGAUGCUUGUUAACCUGACCAUCGAUACAUUUCGUGGCCUGGAGAACCUACGAUCCCUGGACAUCUCCGAUAAUCACCUGUUGAAGGUGCCAACUGUAGCGCUCAGCAUUCUACACCGGCUGGAGGAGUUAUCCAUCGGGCAGAACGACUUCGAGAUCAUCCCCGAGGGUGCUUUCUUUGGGCUUUCAAACCUCCGCAAAGUGUCCAUCUCGGGUGCGUUAAAUCUGCAGCUAGUGCAAUCGGGUGCAUUUGCAUCGAACGCGAAUCUCGACACGAUUGUGCUCUCCUCGAACCGGCUGCUUGCCGAGCUGGAUGAAGGUGCAUUCUCUGGACUCCCGCACAUCGAGAACGUGAUCUUGCGGGAUAACGCCAUCCGGACGCUGCGUGAGGAACUACUUCCAUGGAAGCAAAUGCGAAACUUCGAUAUCUCCGGUAACCCGCUCGUUUGCAACUGUCACUUGCGCUGGAUGAAAGACCUUCUGCGUGAGAAACCCGUCGAAACCGAACAGAGCCAGGUGAUCUGUCAGUAUCCGGAGCGAUUCGCGGGCGUUACUUUGCGCGAGAUCAGCUCGGAGCUGUUGGGUUGCCACCAGCGUCAGUCGAAGGAUCGUGCAGUUGUUGGGGUAGUCCUGGUGGCGACUGCCGCUUCACUGACAACGUUCGUGCUUGUGGCGUAUCGUUUGCGGCAUCGUUUGGUAGACGCAUUGGGACCAAACUGGCACAACAAACGCAACUCACUGAAAGAGGAGAAAGAUAUGGAGUACGUGAAGGCUUUCCCAGAGAUCGAGUACCAUCAGCCAAACUUCAACAUCUACACCUGCAAUUACCAGCAGAUGUACCAGCAUAAAGCACCGGGUUCGCCUCAGUAUCACAUCUACGAGAUGCCCAUUCCCGUGUCCGAUCUCUGA